CGGGAACGCAUCAUUUUAGUUGGUCUGCCAACCGCCGUUAACACCAGAAGAAGAGGAAUAAAUCAGCUGAUAUGCAGGGUUGAAAACAAGACAUGCUCAAUUUAAGAUAAAAAUAUAAUAAGUAUAUGGGUGUAACAUUAUAGUUUAGUUCUGUUAGGAAUAUUUUCUGUUUUUAAUUUAUAUAACCUUUUGACGCUGAAUCGAUUGUAGUUUUUAGCCUUUUGAUAGGUUAAAUGAGGAAGUUGCCUUUUUGCUUUACGCUACUUUUCUAUUUAGUGUCAACACAACCCAGAUUUAUUACUGAUCUAUACAACUAAAUGCACGUUAACGUGCACUGAACUUGAGCAGACAUCUUUGUUAUUAUGGCUUCUUCGUUUAAAAUCGGAGAGAGAUUUCGGGAGAAGGUGAGAGAUUUACUGGAGGGGGAAUCUGCCUUAUCAGAAGAGCUGACGGAAGAGUUGAAUGCUCUGAAAGAUCAGUCCAUCAUUCCAUUCAAGACUGUGAGAAAACUACACAAGCUUCUUCAAGAAAAUGGACAUCCAGUGUACCUUCAUGAGCUGUUUGAGGACAGCGCACUUCAUCUUCCAGAAGUCGUCAAACCUCCAAGGAACCCCCAGCUGGUGGCCCGCCUAGAAAAAAUUAAAGCGAAACUUGCCAAUGAAGAAUAUAAGAGAAUAACACGGAAUGUAAAUCCGCAGGAAAUGAAUCAUCAUGGAACGUUAGCAGACUUUGGAAGAGAAGUACGUUCUGUGAAGGCAGUUGUUGUUACUGUAUUCAACUUCCUGGUAACUGUAGUUGCAGCAUUUGCUUGUUCAUAUCUGGGCAGCCAGUAUGUCUUCACAGAGACAACAUCAAGAGUAAUAGCUGCAGUGAUUGCAGCAUCUGUUGUCGGUCUUGCUGAGCUUUAUGUUCUCGUCCGGACUAUGGAGGGAGACCUUGGAGAGCCCUAAUACCAACGAACAUCAUACAGUUUUGUCAUCACAAACCUCUUUCACUCUACAGCUUCAUUUCCUGCUUGCUGAUUAGUUUGUUUGUUUGUUUUUUGUUUCCCUCCGAAUCCAAACAGUGAAAUGUUUAACAGUGUUUAUUUACAAAUUAGUCUUGACUUAACAUAUAGUAAAAGGAUUUUGCAAAGGAAUCCUUUAAAUCACAAUGUACAAGAUUAGAAUCAAUCAGGUUUCUUGGAAACCACUUAAAGGAUUAGUUCACUUUCAAAUGAAAAUUAUCCCAAGCUUUACUCACCCUCAAGCCAUCCUAGGUGUAAAUGACUUUCUUCUUUCUGAUGAACACAAUCGGAGAUAUAUUAAUAAAUAUCCUGACGCAUCCAAGCUUUAUAAUGGCAAGUGAGCGUUACCAACGAGCAUGAGCUGUGCCUCCAUCCACAUCCAUCCAUCAUAAACGUACUUCACAUGGCUCCGGGGGGUUAAUAAAGGCCUUCUGAAGCGAAGCGAUGUGUUUGUGUGGAAAAAAAAAAAAAAAAUCCAUAUUUAAUAAGUUAUGAAGUAAAAUAUCUAGCUUCCGCCAGACCGCCUUCCAUAUUCAACUUAGGAAGAAAGCGCAAUGCCUCUCGCAGUUCAAAAAGCUUACGCUGCGUCCUAUGCCUUCCCUGUUCAACUUAGGGGAAAAAGCUUAACUGACGCGCCAACACCAGUUCUGUUUUUUUUUGUAAUUUGAAUACGGAAGGCGGUCUGGUGGAAGCUAGAUAUUUUACUUCAUGACUUGUUAAAUAUGGAUCUUUUUUCUUACAAAAACGCAUCGCUUCGCUUCAGAAGGCCUUUAUUAACCCCCCGGAGCCAUGUGGAGUAAGCCUAUGAUGCUCGGAUACGUCAGGAUAUUUAUUAAUAUAACUCCGAUUGUGUUCAUCAGAAAGAAGAAAGUCAUAUACACCUAGGAUGGUUGGAGGGUGAAUAAAGCUUGGGCUAAUUUUCAUUUGAAUGUGAACUAAUCCUUUGAAUUUCAAAACACUCAAGUGUAUAUUAUGAUCAUGUUGUUGUUUUGUUUUCCACAUCUAUCAUCUUAGUAUUUAUUGGAAUGUCUUCUACAGGAGUGUCAUUUCUUGUUUCAGUCAUAACUAAGAGACAUGGUUGUUAAUGAAUUGUGCUUUGAUGUUUAUUGUAAUUGUUAUGGACUCACAAGAUGUAGUGUGGGAAAAUGUCAUCUUUUUUUCUUUUUCUUUUUUACAAGAAAAUAAUAAAAAACAUCCAAAAAGCUAA